AUGCACGAGAGCUCCGCCCUGUUGCAAUUCAAACAAAGCUUUUCAAUUGACAAAUCCACUUCUAGUGAUCCUUCUGCUUAUCCGAAGGUUGCAUCAUGGAAGCUCGAAGGAGAUAGUGGCAACUGCUGCUCAUGGGAUGGUGUCAAAUGCGAUGAGGAUACGGGUCAUGUGAUUGGCCUUGACCUCAGCAGCAGUUUCCUCCACGGUUCUAUCAAUUCAAGCAGCAGCCUCUUCAGCCUAGUUCACCUUCAGCGACUUAACCUUGCUUAUAAUGACUUCGAUUACUCUUGCAUUCCAUCAGAAAUUGGCCAUCUCUCAGGGCUAACAAGUCUCAACUUUUCCUCCUCUGCAUUUUCCGGUCAAAUCCCUUCGGAAAUCUCAAAAUUGUCCAAAUUGGUUUCCAUUGAUCUUUCUUUCAAUGUUGACUCAUCAUUUUCAGGACUACUAAAACUUGAAAAGCUUGGGUCCCUUGCAGCUUCACUCGGUAAUUUGACCCAACUCAAUUACGUGUCGCUUUCAUCCAACAAAUUUAAUGUAGGGACCCUACAAUUGCCUGGGAAGCUAACUGAACUCACUGACUUGGACCUUAGUGACCUCAAUCUAUGCGGUUCAAUCCCAUCAGUUCUUUCAAACCUAACUCAACUUACUCAUUUAAACCUGAACUCCAAUCACUUAAGUGGUGAAAUAACAUCCCAUAUAACGAACCUAACCCAUCUAAUUUCGCUAGAUCUUUCAAUUAAUCAAUUGCAAAGCCCAACCCCAAGGUCAUUCUCUGAGGUAAAGAAUCUUGAAUUUCUAUAUCUUUCCUUCAAUAACCUUGGCGUCUUGGAACUUGAAAUUUUUCUGAUGCUCAAAAAUCUUGCUUAUCUCGAUUUGUCUGGUAACAAAUUAAUAGUUCUAACCAAAAAAACCUUAAAUAACACUCUUAACAAAUUAAAAUUGUUGGAGUUGAAUUCGUGCAGCUUAAGGGAAUUCCCAAAUUUCUUGCGCUUCCAAGACAAACUUUGUGUUCUAUCCCUUGCUGAAAACAAAAUUCAUGGCGAAAUUAUGGCAUGGAUGUGGAACACAAGUGUAGAAACUCUAGCGUGGUUAAGUCUUCGGAAUAACUUUCUAACAGGCUUUGAGCAACAACCAGAUAUCCUUCCAUGGGAUAAUUUAGGCGAAUUAGACCUUUCUUAUAACAGGCUACAAGGACCACUGCCAAUUCCACCAUUAUCCACCUGCUCUUGUAGUGUCUCUUACAAUGGAUUGACAGGAGAACUUCCACCAUUGAUCUGUCGAUUGAGUUCUCUUUAUGUUCUUGAUUUGUCUAAUAACAACUUGACUGGAGCUAUUCUUCCAUAUUUGAGUAACUUCAGUGAUUCUUUGAAAGUUCCAAAUCUCGAAGGCAACAACUUUCAGGGUCCCAUUCCUCACUCAUACAAUAGAGGAAACAAAUUGAAGAUGAUUGACUUCAGCGGUAAUAAAUUACAGGGGAAGGUGCCAAGAUCAUUGGCACAUUGUACCGAGCUUGAGAUUCUUGAUCUCUUAAAUAAUCUGAUUGACGAUACAUUCCCCUUAUGGUUAGGAGAUCUUACAAAGUUACAGAUUCUCAUCUUGCGAUCCAACAAAUUCUAUGGUGCAAUAGGGAAUCCCAAAAAUUAA